AAAAAAAAAAAGAGAGCGAAAAAAAACAGUUGCAAUCAAAAAAUAUAAAUACAUCUGAAUGCCCUCAAAAAAUUUCGGCGGUUAUAUCAAGUUUUAGAAAGAAUUUUAGCCAUACAAACAACCCAGGCGAUCCAAAUACAUUGACUGGGCGAGUGGGAUUGUGCUUGAUUGAAUAGGAAUUGCUAGAUUGAAGUACUUUUUGUUAGUUCGCAAGUGAGAAAGCACAUUAUCAAAGAGAAUUCACAGCUAUAGCCGCCAAAGACUUUUUACCUUAAUUGACGUUUGUCUAUGUUUUAUCCAAUCAUUAUAAAGAAUCGAGUUGUUAUUUAUAUUUCUUAGUAUCUUUCAAGAAGCUGUAUUAUUAAAGUUGUACUAUUGCAUGUCAUAUAAUGUCUAGAUUAGAUAGAUUGGUUGUACUUUUGGAAACUGGGUCGACACCCUUUAUAAGAAGUACUGCUGCGGAUCAAUUAUCAGAUUUGGCCAAAGGACAUCCUGAAGAAACCAUAAACUUGCUAGGAAGAGUUUAUCCGUACUUGAAAUCCCCCAAAUGGGAAACUAGAAUUGCCGCCGCCAGAGCAUUCGGUGGGAUUGUUAAUCAUAGUGAUAUCUGGGAUCCCAAUUCUAACGAGGCAAUUAAAAAAGAACACGAUUUGGAAGAUAUCGAAAUGAAAGAUAUCGAACAAUCAGUUAAUAUUAAAAGGGAAGAAAUUGAUGAUUUCAAUAUACAAAUAAAGAAAGAACAGGAUGAGGAAUUGAAAAAAAUUCACGAUAAUUUAUCAAACUUAGUAGAUUUUAAUUCUUGGAACUUAUACGAAAUUUUAAAAUCAAAUAAUAAACUAUUGGCAACUGGUGGUGAUGAAUAUGAACCAAAAACUUCAAAUAAAGAUGAUGAAAUAACUGAUAUAGAUAAUAAUUCAUUAAUGAAUAAAUUAAAACGCCACAAGAAAAACCUUUUAAUCAAACAAGAAGAAGCAAACCAAAUUUUACUACAAAAUUCAAAACCUACUGGAGGUUCAGCCAUAAUAAAAACUGAAGAAAAUUUAGAAAAUCCUUCAAUAAAACAAGAACCUGAUUCCACCUUUAACGAGUCUUCUCCUCCUCCUUCGUCAAGCCCUCAACCUGAUACUAAAACAAACGCUCUGAGCGCUCGUUUAAAAGCAAUGCAAAAACGUAAAGCUAAAGUUAAUGCCAAAUCAAACGCUAAUAAAAUAAAACCAGUUGAUUUAUCUCAAAGUUCAAUUUCCAGAAAAAUGGUUGAAAAUGGUGAAACUCCAAUAUCCAAUAAUGAAAAUAUUCACGAUCAAACUAGUAAUAAUAAUAAUGGUCAUAAUAAUAAUAAUACUCCUCAAUUCGAUAUAACUUCUCAACAAGGUGGUGAAAAAUUGGUUCUAGAAAAUAAAGCUCCAGAAUUAUCACCUUUAUUAUCCCAGCAUAAUAAAGUUGCCGGUUUAAUUUGGCAGUUUCAAGGUGUUUAUGAAUUAUUACUUGCUGAUUUAUUCGAUUCAAAAUGGGAAAUCAGACAUGGUUCUGCUUUGGGUUUACGUGAAUUAAUUAAAAAACAUGGUAAAGGUGCAGGAAGAGUAAUGAAUAAAUCAAAACUUGAAAAUGAUAUCAAUAAUGCUUCUACUUUAGAAGAUUUGGCUGUUAGAAUUUGUACCCUUUUUGCAUUAGAUCGGUUUGGUGAUUACGUUUCCGAUACUGUUGUUGCCCCAGUAAGAGAACUGGCUGCUCAAACCCUAGCGGCUCUCUUAAUUCAUCUUGAUGAUAAUGUGGUUUUGAAAACUUUCUAUUGUUUGAAUAAUUUAGUUUUACAAGAACAUACUGAUAAGUUUGACAUGAAUAAAUGCUGGGAAGCAAAACACGGUGGUAUGUUGGGUUUAAGAUAUUUUGUUAGUGUUCGCACUGAUGUAUUACUAUCAAACCUGGAAUUAUUAGAUGUGGUGGUAAAUAUGGUGUUACAUGGUUUGAAAGAAAGUGAUGAUGAUGUUCAAUCAGUUGCUGCUCUAACUUUAACUCCAAUUGCGCAUGAAUUCGUUAAGGCAAAAAAGGACGUGAUUCAUUCUUUAUUAAAUGUUAUCUGGGAUUGUUUAACAAAUUUAAGAGAUGACUUAUCCGCAUCAAUUGGUUCAGUUAUGGAUUUAUUAUCAAAAUUAUGCACUCAUAAAGAAGUAAUAGAAAUUAUGCAAUUAGAGGCAUCUGAGAAUACUUCUCAAUCUUUUGAAAGUUUAGUUCCUAGAUUGUUCCCUUUCUUAAGACAUUCAAUAACAAAUGUUAGAAAGGCCGUUUUAAGAACAAUUUUUGAAUUUUUAUCUAUUACUGAUAAAUCUACUAAAAAUUGGAUUAAUGAAAAAGCUUUGAGAUUAUUAUUUCAAAACUUAUUAUUAGAACAAAAUAUUGAAGUUUUGAAUUUAUCAAAACAAGUUUUCAACCAAUUAUUAUCCCAAAUUAACGAAAACGAUAACUUAUUAUCAAUGGAACAUUACUUCGGUCAACAUUUUCAACCUUUAUUAACAUUAUUGAUGACCCCUAUAGGUAUUGCAAGACAUAACUAUCACAUGAAUACCAAUUUGAUUAUGAGGCCCUCUGGUCAUGUCAUCGGUGCUUUGGAUAACCAAAGUAAAUCUUUUAGAAAGGAUGCAAGUCCUGUGGAUGAUUAUAGUCUUGAACCUGAAGAACCAAAUACGUCUACAAAUGGUAACGGAUCGGAAAAAAGAGGUCGUAAAAGAAAAUCUCCAAGUGAAGCAACUUCAUCUCAAGCUUCAUCAGCAAUUCCAAUGCUCGAUGAAAUGAGAAUUAAUAUUGAUUCUCCAAUGUUUAAAGGUGAUAUCACUUUAUUAGGAUAUGAUGUGUUUAUCCGUACCAGAACUUCAGCCGCUAGCACUUACGGUGCAGCUUUGUCUUACAUAACUGAUGAAACCAUUUUGACUAAAAUUUAUGAAAUGUUAAUUUAUUAUUUAAAUGUUCCUCAUGCAACUCCCCGUUUAUUUGCAUCAAUGAUCAUUGAAGAAUAUGCCAAUGCUUUGAAAUCAAGAUCAUUAUCAAUUCCCCAAAAAGCUUUGGAUAUGUUCAGUGAUCCUUUGAUGACUGUUUUAUCCAACACUGAUUCUAAUUCUUUGCCUUAUUAUAGAGAACUAGUUUCAACUUUGAAAACAGUUAGAACCUCAUGUUUGCAGUUAUUUGACGUUUUCAUCACAACUGCAAAAGUUCCACCCACCAAAAUUCCUCAAUUACCUGUUGUAGUGCAGGGGGAGGCAGAAGCAGGACCAGGUGCUUUUGGUUUAGAAAAUGCUGAAAAAAUUAUUAAUGAAACUUAUCCUAAAUUGAUGAAAAGCUUAUCAGCCACUUACAGAAUGUCUGCAAAUUCAGCAUUAGAAGAUGCAAAACAUCGUAUAACUUUAGCCAUUGAGGAAGCUAAGAACGCAAGGUCAAAUAGAACUACAAGUAUUUUAGCUGUUCAUGCAGCAGCUGUGUUGGCUUUAUCUGGAGUACCGAAGAAGUUGAAUCCAAUUAUUAGAACCUUGAUGGAUAGUAUAAAACUCGAAAAUACUGAAUUAUUACAAAGAAGAUCCGCCAAUUCAAUUGCAUUUUUGAUCAAGGAACUAAAUGAAAUUGGAAAAAAUAACGCUUCUGACAAGAUUGUGAAAAAUUUAUGUGCAUUUUUAUGUGUUGACACCUCGGAAGUUCCUGAAUUCCAUCAUAAUAUCAAAUUCAAAGAUAAUAUUCUUUCUUUGAGAAAGGAAGAAGCUAAAACAAAUCCUGCGGAUAUUGCAGCCCAUGAACGUGCUGUUCAUGAAGCAAGAAUUAAGCGUAAUGGUGCAUUACUCGGUCUCGAGGCUGUUUUAGAAAUAUAUAAAGAAAAUUUAUUCGCUAGUGUACCAAAGUUGAAAGGUAUUAUGUUGGAACCAUUGAAAUUGUUAGAAAUCUCAUCAACUGAUGAAGUUUUGAAGGAUGACUUGAAGGGUCAAAGCAUUAUCGAUGCAUUGGGUGUGUCUAGGGCAUUGUUACCCAAUUUGGACGAAUCUCUCUACCCUGAAAUCAUUGAAAGUUUCCCAUUGUUAUUGCCUGGCUUGAGAUCUGAAUUUUCAGUUUUCCGCUAUUCUACUGCUAAAUACUUUGCUACCAUCUGUUCAAUAUUACCGACAAAAGCUUUCACAUUUUUGGUGAAAUCAAUUUUACCUAUGUUAAAUAAUGCUGGUGAUAUAAAGGAAAGACAAGGUGCAAUUGAAACUAUUUAUCAUAUAUCUGCAGCUAUGGGGUCAGAUAUAUUACCCUACGUUGUAUUUUUAAUCGUUCCUGUUUUAGGUCGUAUGAGUGAUUCCGAUCCCGAUGUACGUAUAUUGGCAACUACUACAUUUGCUUCUAUUAUUAAAUUGGUUCCAUUAGAAGCAGGUAUACCAGAUCCUGAAGAUAUGCCAAAGGAUUUGUUAGAAGGCAGAGAUCGUGAAAGAGAUUUUAUUCAACAAAUGAUGGACCCUACUAAGAUCAAGCCUUUUGAUUUACCUGUUACUAUCAAAGCAACAUUGCGUAAAUAUCAACAAGAGGGUGUUAACUGGUUAGCGUUCUUGAACAAGUACCAUUUGCACGGUAUUCUAUGCGAUGACAUGGGAUUAGGAAAAACUUUACAAACAAUUUGUAUCGUCUCCUCUGAUCAUCAUAUAAGAGCUGAAAAUUUCGCUAAAACUAAUUCUGUGGAAUUCAGAAGAUUACCUUCUUUGAUUAUAUGUCCUCCAUCUUUAACUGGGCAUUGGGAACAAGAAAUUAAUCAGUAUGCUCCAUUUAUGAAGGUUGUGGUUUACGCUGGUGGUCCAUCUGUCAGAGCUAACAUUAGAUCGGAAAUUCCUGGUGCAGAUGUUGUUGUCACUUCGUAUGAUGUUGCCCGUAACGAUGUUGAAUAUAUUUCAGUUAAUGAAUAUAAUUACUGUGUUUUGGACGAGGGUCAUAUCAUCAAAAAUGCCGCUUCCAAGCUCACUAAAUCCGUCAAAAGAUAUCGUUCAGAACAUAGAUUGAUCUUAUCGGGUACUCCUAUUCAGAAUAACGUAUUAGAAUUGUGGUCUCUUUUUGAUUUCUUGAUGCCCGGGUUCUUGGGUACUGAAAAAGUCUUCCAUGAAAAAUUCGCCAAGCCAAUUGCAGCUAGUAGAAAUAGUAAAACUUCUUCUAAGGAGCAGGAAGCUGGUGCAUUGGCCUUAGAAUCAUUACAUAAACAAGUUUUACCGUUUAUGUUACGUCGUCUUAAGGAAGACGUGUUAUCUGAUUUACCACCAAAAAUUAUACAAGAUUAUCAUUGUGAAUUAUCAGAUUUACAAAAAACAUUAUAUAAAGAUUUUGUCAAGAAACAAAAGUCAACUGUUCAAGAAGAAGUAUCUAAGUCCGGUGAAGACGAACCAAAAGAAAGCAAGACUCAUGUUUUCCAGGCUUUACAGUACAUGAGAAAGUUGUGUAAUCAUCCUGCAUUGGUUCUUUCUCCAAGUCAUCCUAAGUAUGCGGAGGUAAGUCAAUAUUUGUCGACUCAUAAUUCGGAUAUUAAGAGUAUCGAGCACUCCCCUAAAUUGAAAUCAUUGAAAAACUUGUUAUUGGAAUGUGGAAUUGGUACCCAAGACAGUGAUUAUUCUGGAUCUAAACUGAAGCUUUCUCAAAAACAAAAACAGCAACAACAACAACAGCAAUUGGUAACAUCAGAAGGUGUUAUUUCAGAACAUAGAGCUUUAAUUUUCUGUCAAUUGAAAGAUAUGUUGGAUAUUGUUGAAAAUGAGUUGUUGAAGAAAAAUUUACCCUCCGUAACUUAUAUGAGAUUGGAUGGUAGUACAGAUCCUAGAGACAGACAAUCAAUUGUUCGUAAGUUCAAUGAAGAUCCUUCUAUUGAUGUAUUAUUAUUGACCACAAAAGUUGGUGGUUUGGGUCUUAAUUUGACCGGGGCAGAUACUGUCAUUUUCGUCGAACAUGACUGGAAUCCUAUGAAUGAUUUGCAAGCAAUGGAUAGAGCACAUAGAUUAGGUCAAAAGAAAGUUGUUAAUGUCUACAGAUUAAUUACUAAGGACACUUUAGAAGAUAAGAUUAUGGGUUUGCAAAAGUUCAAAAUGAAUAUUGCCUCUACCAUUGUUAAUCAACAGAAUGCUGGAUUAGCAUCUAUGGACACUAACCAAUUACUAGAUUUAUUCGAAGUUGAUGAAAAUGCUGCUAAGGCUAACGGUGGUGAAAAUGAAGAAUCUAAGGAAAGCAACAAUAACUUCCCUGAAGAUGUAGCUGGUGGCCUUACUGGUAAAGCUGCCGAUGCAGUCGGUGAAUUGGCAGUCUUGUGGGAUGAGUCUCAAUACGAAGAUGAAUAUAACCUUGAUAAUUUUAUCAAAACUCUUAAAUAGAAAUGAUGAACAUUGCAAUAGUUUAUCUUUUUUUGCAUAUUUGCUUGUUUUCUAUGCCUCUGAUGAUGACUAAUGAGUAUAUUUUAACGAAUAACUAUGAAAACUUCCUCAUAAUAUGAUCCGCUGUAUACAUGUAAA